ACCAUCGACAACAAACAGUCUGUGAUGGGGAUCCUUCAGGCGCUGGAAUACCUGCUGGAACGAGGUUACACCCCUCGGAGAAGCUUCUAUAUUGGUUUGGGUCAUGAUGAGGAGAUUAGUGGCACAGAAGGUGCUGUGAAUAUUGUGAAACUGUUGAAGAGUCGAGGGGUGAAGCUUCUGUAUGUUUUAGAUGAAGGUCUCACAAUUAUGGAUGGUGUGGUAGAUGGCCUCAACGAACCUGCUGCCCUAAUUGGUGUCAGUGAGAAGGGUCAGGCCACAGUAAAGCUGAGUGUCAGCAGCGCUCCAGGACAUUCAUCCAUGCCGCCCAGAGAGAGCAGCAUUGGCAUCUUGGCUUCAGCUGUCAGAAGUUUGGAGAAGAACCGGAUGCCCAAUCUUUUUGGUCAUGGUCCUGAGCGUGCCACAUUUGAGCACCUGGCACAUAAGUUUGGCUGGCCACACAGAAUGAUCAUGUCUAAUCUGUGGCUCUUCUCUUCACUGCUCAGCGGUAUUUUGGAAGGACAGCCUGACACAAAUGCCUUUGUAAGGACAACAACUGCCGUCACAAUGUUUAACUCGGGUGUGAAGAUUAAUGUCAUGCCGGCAUAUGCUGAGGCUUUUGCCAAUUUCCGUAUCCACUCAUCCCAGACGUUGCAGGAGGUUCUAAAGCUGAUUGAAUCCACCAUAUCUGAUGAGCGUGUGAAGGUAGAGUUUGUGAGUGGAUUUGACCCUCUGCCCGUCAGCUCCUAUGAUGACGAUACAUUUGGGUACCAGAUCAUAAAGAAAACUGUGAAGGACAUUUUCCCUCAGGUCACUGUAUCUCCUGGGAUCUGCGUGGGUAACACUGACAGCCGGCACUACACAGAACUGUCUCCAGACAUUUAUCGCUUUGCCCCAUCAUGGUACAAACCCGGUGAUACUGCAAGAUUCCACGGUGUGAAUGAGAGAAUCUCCAUCCAAAACUAUGAAGAGAUCGUGCUGUUCUACUUUCAGCUCAUGCAGAAUAGUGACAUUAGGAACUUGCCGGCUCCUCGCACCUAAAAUGAACAGAUGUCAUGCUUUGGAAUUCUGUGGAAUUUAUAAGCUUUGUUCUGACUGAAUGAACGUGAAUAUGAAAUCUCCACAAAAUAUAUUUUAUUCUAUGUUCAUGUACAGUACUCUUCAAAAGGGGUCAGUCAAAAAUUAUUGUAAGUGCAGAAAAUGUAUGUCUUUUAUUUUGUAUUUUUUCUUGUAUGUAUUUCCGGGUAUGUUGGUCACGCGCUGGUUGGUGCAGGUAUUUACGUAAGUCUUUCCUGUUUUUGAAUGUAGGUGCGUAGAGAGGGGGUGGGUAGCUGGGAAUGCUCACUUUCUGUUGACUAACAUGUAGCGGCAACCUAUAGCCGCUGAGAGGCUAAGCAGCAGCCAGGACAAAACUGUGUGACGCGUUUAUUUCUCAUGCAUUUAAAACCAAGUACAUUUUAUUGUUGUUUUGAUUAAAUAUAGUCAAUGAAAAGAAAAUACUUGAAACUGUAGACAGGUUGAGAAUGGUUAAAAACGGUCAACAGAAAGUGAGCAUUCCCAGCUACGCACCUACAUUCAAAAACAGGAAACACUUACGUAAAUA